CACGGAAGUGGUCGUCGUCGCGGCGGCACCGGUGGGAGCGGGGCGCGGGGAUCAGAGUGCGGCCGGCGGGCAGACGGGCGGCGGAGGUUUUGCACCGGCGGCGGCGGCGGAGGACGCCGGCGUUAUCGGUUGGGUGCGAGACCCCUGAGCCCAAGUGCGGCUUCUCGAGCAUCUCCUGCCGGUUGCAGCCCGAGAGCGACGGGACCGCUCCGCCGGCGUCACCAUGACCAAGGCCGGUAACAAGGGCGGGAAUCUCCGCGAAAAGCUGGACGGCAACGAGCUGGACCUGAGCCUCAGCGACCUGAAUGAGGUCCCGGUCAAGGAGCUGGCUGCCCUUCCAAAGGCCACCAUACUGGAUCUGUCCUGCAAUAAACUGACAACCCUCCCGUCGGAUUUCUGCGGCCUCAUCCACCUGGUGAAGCUGGACCUGAGUAAGAACAAACUGCAGCAACUGCCAGCCGACUUUGGCCGUCUGGUCAACCUCCAGCACCUGGAUCUCCUCAAAAACAGACUGGUCACCCUGCCUGUCAGCUUUGCUCAGCUCAAGAGCCUGAAGUGGCUGGACCUGAAGGACAACCCCCUGGACCCUGUCCUGGCCAAAGUGGCAGGGGAUUGCCUGGACGAGAAGCAGUGUAAGCAGUGUGCCAACAAGGUUUUACAGCACAUGAAGGUGGUGCAGGCGGAUCAGGAGCGAGAGAGGCAGCGGCGGCAGGAAGUAGAACGCGAGGCGGAGAAGAAGCGGGAGGCCAAGCAGCGAGCCAAGGAGGCUCAGGAGCGGGAGGUGCGGAAGCGGGAGAAGGCGGAAGAGAAGGAGCGCCGGAGGAAGGAGUAUGAUGCCCUCAAAGCAUCCAAACGGGAACCAGAGAAGAAACCCAAGAAGGAAACAAAUCAGGCAUCGAAAUCCAAGUCCGGCUCUCGGUCCCGGAAGCAGCCACCCCGGAAGCACACCCGGUCCUGGGUGGUGCUGAAGCUGCUGCUGCUGCUGCUGCUGUGCGUGGCGGGCGGGCUGCUGGUGUGCCGGGUGACGGAGCUGCAGCAGCAGCCCCUCUGCGCCAGCGUGAACACCAUCUACGACAACGCGAUGCGGGGUCUGCGCAGCCACCACAUCCUCCAGUGGGUCCUGCAGACCGACCCUCAGCAAUGAGCGUGUCCUCAACACCUGCUGCCUCCCAGCCCUGGGACUUGGAUUCCUAUGGAAUUGGGUUCUGCUGGACACAACCUCUUUUUAGCGUCAGACCUACCUGCCGUCAUUAAAUGGCUGCUGAUUGGUACUUGAGACCUCCUCUUUGUAGGACUUCUUUGUUCCUCAGUCAGGGUUCCCUGGUGGAAUAAGAAGUGGGAGUUAGGGAGAGGGAAUAACCUCAGGCCUAAAGGAAUAGGCUUGGGGGUGAGGAGAGGAACAACAGCCUUUUCUGGUUGUUAUACGAAACUGUAAAGGCAAGGUUCAUUUCUAACUGGUCAGCUGUCACUACAUUUACACUUUUGUGUGUCACAGACCCUUUCAUUCCUCCCCGGGGACCCGGGGCAGAUCAGGAGGCAGUGGGUUGUUAUUGGGAAUUAGGACACCAUGCUCAGCAAAUCUAGCCUAAAUCGGAGGGGAGGGGCAUACCUAUUUUCUUAAAGACCUCAGGCAUUCAGACAUUUUAAUGACCAUACAGUCUCAGGCUCAGAAGGGGACUUCUAGACUAUGCAGUCCAAUAGAACACUUGCAGGUAAGGAACUUGAGGCCUUCCGUGACUUGCUUACGGUCUCCCAGCUGUUUUGAGGGAACUGGACUCCCACUCUGGUAUUCUUUCUUUUCCAUAAUUUUGCCUUCCUUAUAAUGUCCUGAGAGACCGGAAUGGAGUAUCUCUCAGCCAGAGUAUGGAAUCUUUCAUGUAGACAGAUUCAUGGCCCACAAGUAGAAAUCUCAUAGCUUUGAGGGUCUUGGGCAGCUCCUGUGGAGUCCUGUCCCUACUUACGUGGCUUCCAUAAAAUGCCUCGAUUUUAGAGCAUUAACUUCCUUCCCCAUUGCCAGUAAAUAAGGCGUCGCCUCACAAAGCCUUUGCCUUCUGUGACAGCCGUCAGUAGUUGGUGUGACUAAAUACCUCUCAGGCACCCUGAACACUCCAGCGUCAGAGACUGAGGUUUAGAAUUGUUUGAUCCCAGCCCUAGAACUUACCUAGGCAGCGAAGGGAAUCGAGGAGCAUCGAGGCAUUUAAAAAGGGUCAGGAACUCUAGUGACUUGUGCAAUUAAGGGCAGGGCUGUCACUCUCGUUUGCCAGAGUAAGCGUUUUCUUGCUCAGUGGCCUCCUUUGCUUCAUCUUUGACAACAGCUGGAUGUAGGGCUCAGGAAUGGCCAUGUCAUGGUGCCCGCUCACUGAAACUCCCGAUUGCAAGUCCCUUAAAGUUCAGAGGUGAAGAGGACGGGCUCCAGCUUUCUAGCCUCAGUGGCCCAACUGGAUAGGAUUGCCAGUUGUGACUGUCCUGAUCCUGGAAGAAAUGACUUCUCCCCCAAGGAUAGCUCUGCUGUAUAGGCCCACACCUUACUCUGGAUCACUACGCAUUCCUUUAGUCUUCCUCCAAGCUCCAGAGCCACUGGUACAAAUGCUUUAUUGAAACUAAACACAUAGUACAUAAGAUAAGACUGACAGAAUACAGAAGUCGGCACAGCGAUCAGACCCGUUCCCUGGCUGGUUGAGGCAGCCUCCGUGGGCCAACAGAGGGCUGGGCACCCAGCCUAGUAAAGCCAACCCACCGAGGGCACUUCACUCAUGAUCUCAAGACUUGAUGUUGAGGUUCUUUUGGAUUUCUACAAUUAUUAAAUAUGUGUCUGAAUGGUC